ACUGUGUCGAUUUUUUUCUGGGGCUUUUUGUAUAAAAUCGGUAACUCACUCAUUUUUAGGCUCUAAGGUUUAAAAACUUGGGUUUUAUGGGUAAUUUUGAACGCUUUAUCUAAUGAGAUCAUAAAAAUCGUUUUAAUCUUGAAUUCUUCGGAAGAUUCGGAGUCAUAUAUUUUAAGAGCAGGAGCGGCAGAUAUAUUAGGAUAUCAUUUGUAUUGAUAUGUGUAAUUAGCCAUUUAUAAUGAAAUUCUUUUUACAUAAUUUGUGUAGAAAUAAAAGAAAAUCGUCUCUGGUAUAAAACUUUUUGAAAAUUUCAGGUUUUUUGCCCAGAAGUAAGGUGGUUUUCAGGUUUUCCCAAACAUUUCAGGUAUUUCAGGUUUUUCAGGUGAAAUCUCACUCCUGAGCAUCCUCAACUUUUUAAUUCUUACCGCUCUCCACCUCUGUGGUAUUGUUCGCUUUAUAAUUAUCCUCUGUCGAGAAAGACCGUGAAUCGUUUAUCAAUACACGCCAAACGGAAGUGGUACUCACUAACGGAAUGGUGAUAACGUUUGAAGUUGUAUCUGUGGACGACCUAGUCUCAACUUUGCUAGCACAUGUGACAGUUGUAGUAGUAACUAUUUCUGUAGAUGUACUAUCUACAGAAUUAGAAUUAAUCUGAAUGACGAUAGAAAGUAUGAUGAAUACCAAAAUCAACAGGUAAAACAUUACUUUAAUCAAGUCGCUUUUCCUUAUACGAUAAAAAUCUUUUAAGCAAAUAUGAAACAAGUCUGUACAACAAAACAAGUUUGACCUGUAGUGGUUUAAGUAUUCGUGAUUUAGAAGAUUUAUCGGCAGGUAUACGAGUUUAUACUGAAUUAGACAUUCAAUCACAACGUCAAUAUGAUAAACAAUAUUGGUUUGAUAUUACAUUAAUGACAGAAGAUGAAUUAAAAAAUAAUUUAUUAAAUGAUGUUGGUGAUCGACAAGAGGGAAUUAAUCAGGCUUUGGUAACUGAUGUAACUCAAACAUUUAAGAAUAAAACUCAACAACAAUUGGAACAAUUAGAAGAACGAAUAAAAUCAAAAAUUGAAAAAGAAAAAGAAAUUGAUACAGAAAUGUAUUUUGUUAAAAUGUUUAAGUAG